CAGAAGGCCGGGAUAACUGUGACUGCUUUGGUGUGACGAACAUGCCGUUCGUCGUAUCGUGUAAGCUCAUUAGUCGCGAAAGAUGAGGGCAAUGACUCUCUCGCUCCUGUCUGGUUUCCUUGCUGCCCUUGCUUCCCUGUGCGGGAAGUUAUCGAUGGCUAGUGGGGAAACUGCAAGUGUUUGCCAAGUUGUCUUCUCACAUUGGGUGUCUGGCCCGUCAGCACAUUACCUCUGCGAAAAUCUCAUCACGGUUAUACGAGUUGUAUUUUUCUUCCUAAUGAUCGCCUGCAAUGCUGUCAUGUGGACUGUAUUUACAAAGGCAUUACGUCUUUGCACUACGACCUUGGAGGCUGCAGUGACCAACACGGCAUCGAACUUUUUCUUCACCGCUAUUUUUGGCCAGACCUUGUUUGGUGAACAGCUCACACUCCUCUGGUGGCUUGGCACUGUGAUGAUUCUCUUUGGCCUGCUGCUGAUGCACCAGGCAAAUGUGGAGACCAAAGCAACCCACACAGUGCGAGGGCCUGUUCGCCAGAAGAUCAGCUGAAUGUGAUGUGUGGGACCAUCUGUGACACAUGAGCAGCUGUGUCCUUAACUGACUUUCUUUGUGCUGCUUACUGUUUUGUCACUCUCAACAUACACACUUAAAAAAAAAAUGGUGCUCUCUGAUAAUGUUUUUUGCUAAAGCAUGCACUUGCUGUUAAGUAACCUAUACUUCAGAACUCGGUGUGUUGCAGUAAAAGUUGAAAGUCCACUUUGCAUGUGUAUUUCUUGUCCAUAAAUCUUAGUAGCAUUCUGUCUUCUUUUGAUACUAAAGUGCACCUAAGGUUGUGUGGUUCCUCUGAGGUUAGCAUAGGCAUGAUAACUGCUAGGAAAUGCUUGUUUUAGGAAUGAUUCUAAAAACAGGCGUUUUUGAUAGGGCUAAUUUCAUUUGCGGCAUUGCACGUAAGAAAAUGUUAAAGCUGUUGUUAUAGGAGUAGUGAGAUUAUAUUUCCAACUCCUCAUUUUUUGCAUUAAAUGAAGGUCCGGGACCUCGAAACCCUAGAAAGAGUACUGGCAAGCCUCAGAGUACCCUAAAUAAUUGAAUACACCAGCUUUUCUACAGCCAGAGUCAGUUUUAUUGCCCAGCAGGUUACUGUGUUGUGGCGUCAUGACGCAGAAGAGGCUCACGUGGGAGCAGUUCAUUACUUUUGACACCUGCUAUGGCUCGCUCGGUCACUUCCUAUGCUGGUACUCAUUCUGAGGGCCAAUGUAGCAGCAUAGCAGAUGACCGAGUGAACAAGAGCGAGCGUCAAAACAUCGAAAUGUCCUGCUCCUUCGUGACCACCUUCUGGGUCAUUACGUCACGACACAGUAAACUCUGGUGUGACUUUUUCAUGAUGGAGGCUUAAACCUUGAGGUACGUCGUACGAUCUUCAUCAUUAAUGGAGCGGUUUUUAUGCCACACUACUAAAUGCCCGCAUUUAGUAUACAGGUAGAAGAAGGGAACAAAUAAUGUCAUAAAGGUGCACCCCGGCUUGGGUGUUUUGCUGUCAAAGGUAAUGGAUGCAGGAUUGAGGCCGUUGAAGAUCAAUUAAAAUUGGUUGAGAAUCAGU